AUGGGAAUUCUGCGGCGCAUUGCAGGCGAACUGCCGCCACAAACUUCGGACCCACCCGAGGUGACAGGGCAGGGAACAGAUCCCGCCCCCGAGAAUACAGACAACAGUGACAUCGUUGUCAAGGCAGGUGGAGCUUCUCUUUCUAAGAGGGGCCGUGGAAAAAGGCUUCUAGUGACUAAGGCUGUAAUUGCUGCUGUUGCAAUGAUAGUGGUGUGGGGGGCUCGUUACAUUAUGUCAGGAAGAUCAAUAUCGUACCUGAAGGCGUCACAGAUGGGACUAGGCGAAGUGCCGCAGCCGUCACAGGGCGAUGCGCCACGGCUACUGCUGGACGAUGUGAGCAUGCGGAAGUAUAUGAACGACCUCCAUGAAGCAGCAGACGAAAUGGAAAAGGUUUUCUCCUCAGCAAUGAGCGUGCGUCAAGAUUUUCAACUACACUUCACACCGUCGCUUGAGGAUGGUCAAAAUCUCCUGGGAGACCCUCUGGCGGUGAUCAAAAACCACGUUGCCAAGAUGCAAAAAUGCAAAGUUCCAUCUGCUUCUUCUCCGCAGGCACGGCGAGACUUCGCCCAACACCUGCAGCUACUACGCAGCAUUUGCCGGGCAGCCACGCUUCGCGUCAAGCAAUUAAUGUGGUUCUACUCUGAGAAUCAGCAAUUCGGUGAGACACUGCCUUUUUCUGGUGACGGCGAACCAAGUAGUUCCGAUCCUGUCGAAGAUUUUGAUGAGGGGGAAGAAGUAGGUUGGUCUGCAUCUGGCUUCUUGGAGGAUUAUGGGCUGUUUGGUGGUGAUGGUGUGCGAGGGGUAAACGUACCCGUUGCUCGCAGGCUACAGUUGUUGUUGGAUAUUGGGAAGAGAUAUAACGACGCCAACUUAAACGUCCGAUAUUAUUUCAUGGAAUUUCUUCAACCGUUUGAAGGAGACGGCGCUUUCGAUCCCGCUCAUGCCCCUGCUGAACACCAGAUCCCAUACACUGGGAAGCCAUUCCGAACGGGAGCUCUCGCACAAGCAGCUGCACAUAUAUUCCGUGGAUCCGACGCCACUACGAAGUACGCAUAUAUACAAAAGCUGAACCAAAUUGCAGAUAAUUGGACGAACAAAGCAGUAGUGGCGGCUGCGAAUGAACAAGAGAAGCAAAAUGCGGACAAUGCGCAAAACAGGCUGGAGACUAAGAGGGAACUUAUGCGACGGCUGCUAAGGCAAGGCAUACAGAAGGAUGAUCUGGUGAUGAUUGCAUUAUUUCUUUUGUAG